AUGGCUUCUACCAAAGUUGAUAAAGAUAAUCAAGAGGAAAGUACAGUUUCAUGUCCAAUUUGCAACAAAAUGUAUGAAAAAGCUGUGAUUGAAGAACAUGUUAAUAAAUGUUUAUUUUUGAAUUCAUCUGAAGAGACUAAACUUAAGCAAAAUAAAGCGGAUCAACUUAAUUCUAAAAGGAAUAAUUCACAUUUAAACAACUCAUAUUUUCAAGAAAAACGACCGCGCAUCAGUACAAGCCCUGGUUCUUCUAAAGCUGAAAAAUCAUCUUUAGCAGAACCUAGUAAGAAAACUCAGUUAAAGGAAAGUAAAAGCAUACCUCUUGCUGAACGCAUGAGGCCAUUACACCUGGAAGAUAUAAUAGGACAAGUUCAGGUGUUUGGCCCGGGGUCAAUGUUAAGGUCAUCAAUAGAAAAUAAAAUCAUACCUAACAUGAUUCUUUGGGGACCACCUGGCUGUGGAAAGACAUCUUUAGCCAAUGUAAUUGCUAAUAUUUGUAAAGAGCAAAAUAACCUGAGAUUUGUUAAGUUAUCUGCCACAAUGGCAGGAAUAAAUGAUGUCAAGGAAGUGGUGAAAAUUGCAAAAAAUGAAGCUCAGUUCAAAAGGCAGACUGUAUUGUUUAUGGAUGAAAUCCACAGGUUUAACAAACUGCAACAGGAUACAUUCCUACCUCAUGUAGAAACUGGUACAAUAAUUCUUAUUGGUGCUACUACUGAAAAUCCUUCAUUUAGUUUAAAUAAUGCACUGCUAAGCAGAUGCAGGGUUGUGGUGAUGGAAAAAUUAAGUGCUGAUGAUGUAUUAAAAAUACUAAAGCAUGCUCUUAUGAAGACUGGAAAAGCAGUAAUUGGAAAUGACAAACAGGACCUUGGAAAAACAUCUUGUGAGCCACUACCGUGUAUUGUUGAAGAAGCAUCUUUGAAGUGGUUAGCAGAAAUGUGUGAUGGAGAUGCAAGGGUUGCGCUGGGUGCCCUGGAACUGGCGCUUGCUGCAAGAGCGCCGGAGACAGCUCGGUCAGAACCAGCUAUACUUAGGCUUGAAGAUAUUAUUGAUGGUAUUAAGAGAUCACACAUGGUUUACGAUCGAAAAGGUGAGGAGCACUAUAAUACCGUAUCAGCAAUACAUAAGUCAAUUCGUGCAAGUGACGAUAAUGCUGCUUUAUACUGGACCACACGGGCUUUGCACGGAGGCGAGGACCCUUUGUAUAUUGCGCGGCGUCUGGUGAGAGCUGCUUGUGAAGACAUAGGUUUGGCUGACCAGUCUGCCAUAGUGGAAGCUGUUGCAUGUUUACAAGGGUGUCAGCAGCUUGGAAUGCCGGAAUGCGAUGUUCUGCUCGCACAAUGUGCUGUAAGACUUGCAAGAGCACCUAAAAGUACAGAAGUAUACCGAGCUAUGAAAAGAUGUCGAAAAUCAUUAAUAGAAGCAAAAGGUCCUCUCCCACCUGUCCCGCUUCAUUUGCGUAAUGCACCCACAAAGUUAAUGAAACAACUAGGUUAUGCAAGAGGUUAUAAUAUGCUGCAUAAGGAUAAAUCAGGGUUAAACUAUAUGCCUGAGGGAAUGGAAAGUAGAAACUUUUUUCAAGAUAGUGAUAGUUCUAAUGAAUAG